CAAAUCUCAUAUUGCCAAAAUGACAUAAAAAUCCUUCACCUCUCGAUUCCUCCUUUAAAUCUCAUCCUCAUUUCUCAAACACCUUGUGUGCAUUCGUUCUCUCCUCUCUUUCACCCCCAAUUUCUCUUCGUCUUCCCUCACCUGUGCAAACCCACUUCCUACUAUCUCCUCCAUAACCAUGGAUCCUGUUAAUGUUUGGGGAAACUCUUCCCUUGAAGAGGUAGACCCAGAAAUCCAUGACCUUAUUGAGAAGGAAAAACGUCGCCAAUGUAGAGGAAUUGAGCUGAUUGCCUCUGAAAAUUUCACAUCAUUUGCUGUUAUUCAAGCUUUAGGAAGUGCUCUUACCAAUAAAUACUCAGAGGGUAUGCCUGGAAAUCGUUAUUAUGGUGGUAAUGAGCAUAUAGAUGUAAUUGAAAACUUGUGUAGAUCAAGGGCAUUAGAAUGUUACAGACUUGAUCCAGAGAAAUGGGGUGUUAAUGUACAACCAUAUUCUGGAAGUCCUGCAAAUUUUGCUGCAUAUACUGCAGUUUUAAACCCACAUGAUAGAAUUAUGGGACUUGAUCUACCAUCAGGUGGGCAUUUAACACAUGGAUAUUAUACUGCUGGUGGGAAAAAAAUUUCUGCAACAUCAAUUUACUUUGAAAGUUUGCCUUAUAAGGUGAAUUUUCAAACUGGGUACAUUGAUUAUGAUAAGCUAGAGGAGAAAGCUAUGGAUUUUAGGCCAAAAAUGAUCAUUUGUGGUGGAAGUGCUUACCCUAGGGAUUGGGAUUAUGCUCGUUUUAGGGCUAUUGCUGAUAAGUGUGGUGCCCUUUUGCUAUGUGAUAUGGCUCACAUUAGUGGCCUUGUUGCUGCUCAGGAAGCUGCAAGUCCUUUUGAGUAUUGUGACAUUGUUACAACAACUACUCACAAGAGUCUUAGAGGUCCAAGGGCUGGCAUGAUCUUCUACCGCAAGGGUCCGAAACCACCAAAGAAGGGCCAACCCGAGGAUGCUGUGUACGACUUUGAAGACAAGAUCAACUUUGCCGUUUUCCCCUCCCUUCAAGGUGGUCCUCACAACCACCAGAUUGGAGCAUUGGCGGUUGCUCUGAAACAGGCAAUGUCUCCCGGGUUUAAGGCCUAUGCAAAGCAAGUUAGGGCAAAUGCUGUUGCGAUUGGAAAUUAUCUGAUGAGCAAAGGUUACAGCAUUGUUACUAGCGGAACUGAGAACCACCUUGUCCUUUGGGAUCUUCGUCCUCUAGGAUUGACAGGAAACAAGGUGGAGAAGCUAUGUGAUCUUUGCAACAUCACUGUUAACAAGAAUGCUGUUUUUGGUGACAGCAGUGCUUUGGCUCCCGGAGGUGUUCGAAUUGGUACCCCUGCCAUGACAUCAAGAGGGUUGGUCGAGAAGGAUUUCGAGCAGAUCGGUGAGUUUCUCCAUAGAGCCGUCACCAUCACAUUGAACAUCCAAAAGGAGUUUGGUAAACUCCUCAAGGACUUCAACAAAGGUUUGGUGAACAACAAGGAGAUUGAAACACUCAAGGCCGAUGUCGAGAAAUUCGCAUCCUCAUAUGACAUGCCUGGUUUCUUGAUGUCUGAGUUAAAGUACAAGGACUAACUUCUUUUGUGUCGCAUCACUCGUGCAAGAAAACUGCUGUUGAUUUUGAUUUAGUUUUUUUUUUUUUUUUUUUUUUUUUUUUUUUUUAAUAUAAUUUCUUAAAAAGGAAGUUAUUAGAAUAUGCAAUUCAAGGGAAAAAGGUUGGAAAAUUACUCAUUCCAGCAGGUGUAUUGUUUUUGCUUUUUUUACACUUUUUAUGUGGAAAUCAAUUAAGCAGUUUUCUGAUGGUAAUUGUCAAAUUUUAUAUUUUAUAUUGAAUAAUAAGCAACGUAAUAUUCCUUAUUUCAUUCUCUCCUUCAGUGAUUCAAUCUGUCAAUUUUAAUUUUAGUUUUUAACCGCCAUCUUUUUUUCUCUAUUGGAUCUCUAUCAGCAACUUGAGAAUCCUGGUUUGGUCUACAAUCCGGGUUUGAUUAUCAUUACCUACAAGAAGAUCAAUUACCCAUCCAAGUACCAAUGUUGGUUGCUGGGCACAAUGUUACUGAUGGGUUUGCCUCAGAAUUCCGGAACUUUCUCUCUUAGGCAUUAUUCCGAGAACCCUAACUACCAACUGCUCUGGAGGUUUGCUGUUCAUAUAACAUGUAUCUUGAUUAAUUUUGUAAAUCAAUAUAUGUAAUCAACAAAGAUUUUGCCUUUGUUUUGCAUUGUUACAUAACUAGGGUUUGUUCAAGAAUCGUAAGUAGAGAAAAGGGUAAAAUUUUUGGUAGUUUACAAUUUCAUUCGUUUUGUUAUCAUUUUUGCAAAGAACUUCCCCAUUUUCGUUGGAUUGCUGGGAAACUAUGAUUUCAAUGGGUUGUUUGAAGCAUCGUGCAAUGAAUUAUGGAGGCUGGAUUGUGUAUUCCUGAACAACCGAGGAGGCAAGGGUAGCUCCAUUGCAGAAUUUGGUAGGACUGUUU